AACUGAAUGUAGCAGAAUUAUUCUACUAAGAAUAUGUCAAGAAAUUUGUCAUUUGCCAUUACCAAUUGUUACUCCUAAUAUUGUACCUCCAAAAAAUUUGCGUCGGCUGGAAGUUCCACUUAUAAAUUCUGUAAUAGUAUUACUUAUCUAGACUUAUGGGCCUAUGUACAAUCCAGAAUCAUUUAACAAUGAUAAAAUGCUACGUUUGCCUUCACAGGACAACAGUGACCAGGCUUUGUGGGCUAUCUUCGGGCGCAAUGAGGACCUAACGCCUCAAACAAAUGGAGUCGUUAGAGCACAAGCGAAUUCUCUUGACCUGUCGCAAGAGGAACAGACUGGACAUGCUGAUACUUCAACGGCAACCGACAAUCUGAACAAGAAUGCAGACAACUAUCUGCAACCAGGCCCUUCUUUUUUAAUUGCUUCUCAGCUCUCCUCACAAACAAACAAAACAACAAACUCGAUGACUCGGUAUGGUGCACGUUAUGUCUCAGCAGAAGCACCCAUAUCAGUUAAAGCAAGCGUUCCUUCCUUGCCACGGGUAACUUAUGAUCGACUUUGUAAAGAAGCCGCACUUUCUUGCGGAUUGCCUUCAGAUGCUUUACAUCCGUACGAAGCAAAAAUGCUUGGUGAGAUUCUGGAAACGUCUUCAUGGCUUACUAAGUAUGUCGAUAUUCGUAAUGGUUUGUGUUACCUCUGGAUACGGAAUCCGACUUUGUUUAUAUCCUUUACGGAAGCUCUCGGAAUCGUUCGUGAGAAAGAUACGUUUCCUCUUGCUUCGUUGGCUUUCGAAUUUCUUACUCGAAAUGGUUAUGUCAACUACGGUUGUCUCUAUAUUCCUUUUACUGUUCCCUACAACGAAACAUUACCACAGAAAUCUGUUGCCGUUGUCGGUUGUGGACUGGCUGGGCUCAGUUGUGCUAGACAACUGGCUAACCUUUUCGCACAAUACGAACAAGAUUUUGUUAACCGAAAUGAAAACGUUCCAAGACUUGUUGUUUUUGAAGCAGAUUCACGUAUUGGUGGUCGGAUCCUUAGCCAUCGUCUGGAAUCAUCACAAACAAAUGCGGACGUGGAAAAGACAUCCAGCACGGAUGAAGAACCAACCCAACAUUUUAUUGAAAUAGGUGCAGACAGAAUUUUGGAGAUGAAUAAUGCAAUGGAUCCUCUACGUAUCGUUGCCGAUCAGCAACUUUCACUUGACGUUCAGAUUCAUGAAACGCCCCUAGUAAAACUGAUAAGUGAGGACGGAUCGUCUGUGGAUCCUGCAACCAUUCAGCGUAUUUGCGAACUAUUCGACUGUGUAGUUUUUGCAGUAACCUUAUCAAAUGACAAAAUUACACUAAACGGUGUUCUUACACCUGAAGAACAAUCUCUGCGAGAGCGUUUAGAUUUUCUUCAACGCUUUGGCUAUCAUCUAUCUCUUGAACAUUUUCGCUUUUCUAAUGAAGGCUCCCUUGGAAGUACUCUAAAGCGAGCGCUUUCUAUCCUUAAUGACUUUAUACAAUUUAAUGACGUGGAACUACAAGUACUGAAUUGGUGCUUAAAUUACCUCCAACAGGGAGUAGGUGCAAAUCUUGAUUUUGUUUCGACAAAGUGCUGGUCUUGUCAUUACCAACCAAUCUGUCAACUUUCAAAUUCAAUGACCAUUGGAGAAGGUAUGUCAUCAAUCGUUCAACACAUGGCAUCCACUCCUACUCCUCUUCCUAUUCAGCUUAAUCACUCCGUUGUUAGUGUUAAAUAUAAUGACACGGGUGUGCAACUGAUCAGUAGUAAUCAGCAAGUGAUUAACGUGGACAAAGUGGUCUUGUGUCUACCAUUGUCUGUAUACAAAAAACAUACCUUAACAUUUGAACCUGCCCUUCCCGAUUGGAAGGUUACUUCUUUAAAUCGGGUAAGCACCUCGAAUUUCCGCAAAGUCAACCUACUUUUUAGUCAUGCUUUUUGGGACUCGGAAGCAACGGUAUUUGGUAAAGUGUUAGGAAAUUCAUUUAACGACAUACCCAUGCAGUCGCUCAUCUUCUUUAAUUAUUUUAAACAAACGGGACUUCCGUUGUUGAUAACAAAUUAUUUCGCUUCUGAAAAUGAGUCGGAUUCGGAGAUUUCUGAAAAAGUGAUGAAUGCUUUAACGGAUCAAUUCUCUCACAUGCAGAACUUUGUACGACCAAAAAGUGUUUUUAUUAGCAACUGGAAUACUUUACCCUUCAGCUCUGGAUCUUUGUCUGUAGCUACUUCUUCGUUUUCGGCUGCCGAUUACAAGGCACUAGCAGCGCCUUUAGAGAAUACUGUUUUUUUCGCAAGUGAUUCCAUGUCAGGUGAAUCGUUGGGAACAUUGCAUUCUUCUUUUCGUUCUGGUUUAAUGGCUGCUCGUGAUGUUUUAGCUUCGCUGGUCGGGGACGUUGCUAUUCCACAGACACUUAUUGUGAAUCAAGCUUCCAAACAAACGAAUACCACUACACAAUCAUCAAAUACAAGCUCUACCAGAAGGAAUACCAGGUCACGAGAACAAGUAACUCCUAAGUUUUCGUACCGCUCCGAAUACAUAAAAGCCAAGCAAGCACGUCUAGAAAAAGAAAAUCAAGAAUGUCAAAUGCUCAUACAAGAGUUGUUGGGUGCACCCCCAGAAAUGCCGUCAAGACCGACAGCAAAUCCUUUUUUGUUGUAUCAAAAAACCCAGUGGCAUGUUUGCAAAGCAAUGGCAGAUAAAGAUAGACAAGAGGCCACAGGUGAUCCUGAAGCAAGGGCUACUAAAAACGAAAUUCGAGCUAAACUUGGUCGAUCAUGGCGCGACUUAGAUGAAUCUGGAAAACAGCCUUGGAUCGACGAAGUGAAUGCGAGACGUGCUAAUUAUACCGCUCUAAUGGAGGAAUACCAGCGUCAACUGAAUACUUUUAACACCAGAGCAGCCCAAAUUAAAGCCGAGCAUAGGCGAAAAUGUGAAGCACAACCCAUCCCGGUCGAAGAAUCAAGGCUUCAGGCACUCGCUGAAAACGAAGAGGAAGAACGAGCCCGCAACGAACCCCCAUCUACUAAUUCUCAUAUGAGCAACGUUUAUGACGAAAGCGAUGAUGAGUACCAUGAUGAAGGAGAGGAUGAGGAUGAUGAUGUUGCUGAUGAUUUGUAUUCUAACGGUUACUUGUGAUAAUUCAGACAAAAAAUACUCUCCUUUUUAUACUACACAUACAUCUAAAAACCUUAAUGUCUCUCAAAUAUAUUAUUUAUACAACAUAGUUUAUCGCUUUCAGUGUUACUGCUAAAGAGUUUGCUUUAAUUAUAGCC